AUGGUGGCUAAUAUGCACCAGAGGAAGGCUGAGAUGGCCCUUCAUUCUGAUUGCUUCAUUGCUUUGCCUGGAGGUUAUGGUACUUUGGAGGAGUUGUUAGAGGUUAUAACCUGGGCUCGACUAGGCAUCCAUGACAAGCCUGUGGGUUUACUGAAUGUUGAUGGCUACUACAACUUCUUCCUAACUUUUAUCGACAAAGCAGUCGAUGAUGGCUUCAUAAAGCCUUCGGAGCGCCACAUCUUUGUUUCUGCACCUAAUCCCAAAGAGCUUGUCCAAAAACUUGAGGUUAGUUGA